AUGAGCAGUUGGUUGCGAAUCCUUUUCGUCUUCUUCAUCGUCCUUGUCGUCUCGACGUCGGCGCUUCCAUCAGACUAUGUCCGAUUCUUGAUUCAAUGUAAGUUCAGCAGGUGAAAAGUCAAGGUUGAAAGUUCUUACGUGCUAAAAUAAUCGAACGUGAUUUUACUAUUGAACGGUGACGGGCUGUCGGAACAGUAACCAACAUAGCUAGUCACUUUAUUAGGAAGCUGUGUUUAUUACAUAAAACUGAUGAAUCUGAAGUGAUUAGAAGUUGCCUGAUAUCUAGAAAACAAGUACUUUUCAAUUUCAGCGGCGAGAAACCACGAGAACUCGUACUAUCCACAGGAAGAGGUCGGGUUCAUGAGAGUGAAUCGAAACCAGGUACCGCAAUCGAACUCUUUUAGCUCAAUUCAAUUUCUAUUCUUUUCCAGGGUGCUGGCUCUGUGAGUCUUGACUCACUGGCAUCGCUUCCCAUGCUGCGGUACGGAUGA